AUGCCAGUGGGGUCUACUUAUCAGUAUGUUUUCUUUUGCACUGCUCUGUACCCAUUAAUUAAUGGCUGCUAUUUUCAGCCUCUCAGGCAACUUACAACUAAUAUCUUGGAUACAUACCACAUUUGCAACCCGCAAUUCAGAUAUGAGUCAACCCACAACCCGCGUCGGGUGCUCACAAAGCCAAGCAAGCCUUCUCACAAUGACGGAUAUGACAACGAGGAUUACGAUUAUAUCCUUUACGUCAAUGAUUGGUUAGGAACUGAAGACGGUCACAACCGUUACCUCAUUCUAGACAUCCUUGGCCAGGGGACGUUCGGGCAAGUGGUAAAAUGUCAGAACAUGAAAACCCACGAGAUUGUGGCAGUGAAGGUUGUCAAGAACAAGCCCGCGUACUUUAAUCAAAGUAUGAUGGAAGUUACUAUUCUUGAGCUGUUAAACAACCAAUGUGACCCUCACGACGAACACCACAUUCUUCGACUUCGGGAUUCGUUCAUACACCGGAACCAUCUUUGCCUUGUAUUCGAGUUGCUGUCCUCUAAUCUUUACGAACUCAUCAAGCAAAACCAAUUCCAAGGCCUUAGCACGCAACUUGUUAAAGUAUUCACAGCACAGCUCCUUGACGCUUUGACUGUUCUGAAAGAAGCACGCCUGAUUCACUGUGACCUUAAACCCGAGAAUAUUCUUCUCAAAUCCCUGCAAUCACCGCAGAUCAAAGUUAUCGAUUUUGGUUCAGCAUGCCACGAGCGCCAAACGGUGUAUACGUAUAUCCAGUCUAGAUUCUAUCGUUCACCAGAAGUCAUACUCGGCAUUCCGUACACUGCUUCCAUUGACAUGUGGUCUUUGGGAUGCAUCGCAGUGGAGCUGUUCCUCGGGCUGCCAUUAUUCCCGGGAACCAGCGAGUAUAAUCAAAUUACCCGAAUUGUAGAGAUGCUUGGAAUGCCUCCAACGUACAUGCUGGACAUGGGGAAACAAACCAAGCAAUUCUUUGAUUCUUACGUUGAUGUGUACGGCCAGAAAAAAUAUCGACUCAAGAGCUUGGAGCAAUACUCCCGUGAACAUGGCACAAAUGAGCAGCCUGGAAAGCAGUACUUUAAAGCUACCACGCUGCCUGAAAUUAUCAACACAGCUCCAAUGCCGACGUUCAAAUCGUCGUCUCGCCAGGGACAUGAAAUGGAGAAAGAACUCAACAAUCGGGCUUCUUUCAUCGAUUUCUGUCAGGGUUUACUCAACCUGAACCCCAUAGAGAGGUGGUCUCCGCAGCAAGCGAGGAUGCACCCAUUCAUCACCGGAGAAAACUUUACCAAGCCCUUCUCGCCCAAUAGUCAGAGCACUCCACAAAUCUCAUCGUCUUCAUCCAGCUCCGGAUCUGGAUCA